AUGUCACGCGCAAUUGAACGAAUUUAUAAAGAUUAUAGUAAAGCGAAGAAAAUGGUUGGAGAUCAAGCACUAUAUUCAUCAACGCUUGAUAAAGAACGAUUUAGUGAUUUUGGUACAUCACCGGCCAUGGCUCAUCUUAUACCUAGACGAGAUCCAGAUUUAAAUCAAGAUGAAAAAAAAUAUCUAGUUGCUGCUGAAAGCGAUAUGGCCAAUGUAAGAAAAUAUUUGGAAGCAUCGAUAUCAAAUGAAAAUGACAUUCAUAUUAAUAUUAAUUGUAUUGAUCCUUUGGGAAGAAGUGCAUUGUUAAUAGCUAUUGAAUAUGAAAAUUUGGAAAUGAUUGAAUUAUUAUUAAAUUAUAACGUUGAUACGGGGGAAGCAUUAUUGCAUGCAAUUGAUGAAGAAUUUGUUGAAGCUGUUGAAUUGCUACUUCAGCAUGAUGAUCAAAAACGAAUGACAGAAGAUAAACAAUCAUGUGAUCAAUAUUUAGAAAAGCAACAUCCGUUGUUUGGUUUAGCACAAGAUGCGUUGGAGAAGCAAAAAGACGACGUUACACAAAAGGUAACCGAGCAAUUGAAUCUAAGUACAUCAAGAUCUUAUACUCCUGAUAUCACUCCUAUUAUAUUGGCCGCUCAUCGUGAUAACUAUGAAAUAAUCAAAAUACUCACCGAUCGUGGUGAAUUAGUAUCGAAACCACACAAUGUUAGAUGUGAUUGUGAAAAAUGCUUGAUUUAUAAUAAAGAAGAUAGUCUGAGACAUUCACGCUCACGUAUUAAUGCGUAUAAGGCUUUAUCGAGUCCAUUUUACAUUUCUGUAUCGAGUCGUGAUCCAAUUAUGACUGCAUUUGAAUUAAAUCGUGAACUAAAACAUUUAAGUCGAAUUGAAAAUGAAUUCAAAGAAGAAUAUGAAAAAUUAGCACAACAAUGUCAGGAUUAUUCAGCAGCACUAUUAGCAGAAACACGUAGUUCGAAAGAAUUAGAAAUUAUUCUUAAUUAUGAUAGUGAAAAUCCACCAGUUAUAUCAGAAACAGAAAAAAUGAAUUUAGGUCGAUUAAAAUUGGCCAUACGUUAUAAACAGAAAAAAUUUGUGUCCCAUUCUCAUUGCCAACAAUUACUUGCAUCCUUGUGGUAUGAAGGUCUACCAGGUUUUCGUCGUCGACACGCUGUCAUCAAAAUUUUGAUUACGGGACUUGUUGGUUUCUUAUUUCCAUUAUUAGCUGUUGCUUAUCUACUAAUGCCAAGAAGUCGUAUGGGCAAAAUAAUGCGACAACCAUUCAUUAAGUUUAUUUGUCAUAGUACAUCGUACAUCUUUUUCCUGAUAUUGUUAUUUAUUAUAUCACUAAGAAUUGAUUUUGGAAAAUUGUCUGAUAAAGAAGAGGAUAUGAAUGAACGUCGAGGACCACCACCAAAUCCGGUGGAAUUAGCUAUUAUGAUUUAUGUAGCUGGAUUUAUAUGGGCCGAAAUAAAACAGUUAUAUCAAGAAGGUCUACAUCAGUAUAUGGCUGAUACAUGGAAUCUGUUAGAUUGGAUAACAAAUUGUUUAUACGUUGCCACAAUUGUACUGCGUGUUAUGGCCUUUAUCAAAGUAAACAGAGAAGAGCGUGAUCGAUUACUUAAACCAACUAAAGCAAACUCUACAGCAGUGACACAAUCGGCACUUCAUGUUCAUAGAAGAGACUGGGAUCCGUGGGAUCCUACUCUAAUAUCUGAGGGUGUUUUCGCAGCUGCCAAUAUUUUUAGUUCAUUAAAAUUAGUCUAUAUUUUUACCAUCAAUCCACAUUUGGGGCCAUUACAAAUAUCACUAGGACGAAUGGUUCACGAUAUUCUAAAAUUUUCUGUAUUAAUUAUGUUAGUAGCAUUUGCAUUUGCAUGUGGCCUCAAUCAAUUAUUCUGGUAUUAUGCGCGAAUGAAAAAACGAGAGUGUUUAGCACAAGUAGCACCGGAUGAAUAUUGUUUAAAGGACAUUUACAAACAUUUUUCCAAGUAG